AUGCCAAACAGUCUAAUUUAUGAAACUGAUAAUGAUAGAAUGAGAAAACAUUUGAAAUUAAUUUUUGAAAAUAAUCGGUUGAAUCCUUUCCCCUCAGUGAGAUCGUCAAUUAUUAGAAAUUCAAUUGUAGAGGAUGAUUGGAAUUGUCUUUUAAUAAAUCGAGCUGAAGAACUUCAAACUGGUGGAUUAAACCCUUCAUAUUUUUAUAACAGUUUUAUAAAUAAUAAUGCAAAUAGAGUUAUAUCAACACAACAUUUAGAAAUUAAACGUUCUUUGAAUGACGCAAGUGAAAAGAAAAGAAUUGGUGCAACUAAUAAUAAUGUAAAUAAAGUUUCUCCACAAACUGAGGAUGAAAAGAAAAUACGCAAAGAAAGAAAUGUGGCAUAUAAGAGGAAGAAAUUAGCUAAAGAAACUGAGGAGGAAAAGAAAGUGCACAAAGAAAAAGAUUUGUCACCAUUCGCCAGCAUAGGAGCAAAAUUAGAAAUUCCUAAAGGAAAUGGGCCUUAUAUUUAUCGUGUACAUGGACAAGUGUAUCAUAAUACAUAUGCCCUUCAUCCCGAUGGUGAUGACAAUCGAAAAUAUGGUCAGUUGUACAUUAUUGACACUAAUGAAGCAGUACUUGAACGAUUAAAGAAUAAAUCUAAUAAGAAAUGUUUAUCAUCAUUAAUGGAAGAAAUAGAUAAAUUAUUAAGGGAAAUUAAUCCUUAUGCUAAAGCUUUUAAAAUGAUGAGAGAGGUAGAAUUAGAAGAAGAAGCACUAGCAAAAUCUAAAAAUGAGCCUAUAAGGAAUAUUCAAAUGUGGAUUAAACGAGAUAGAUCAUUGAAUCAAAGCAAAUUUAAUGUUCCAUCUUGUAGUGAAGUAGCACUUGUAUUUGUUAGCGAAGAUGGUGAACCUCCUAUGGAACUUCAAGAAUUUGGAAAACCAAAUUUAUUUAUUACCAUGACAUGUAAUCCAAAGUGGCGUGAGAUUACAGAAAAUUUGUUGGAUAUUGAAAUUGCAUCUGAUCGUCCGGAUAUUGUGACUAGAGUUUUUCAACAAAAAGUGAAAGAGAUAAUGAAAGAUAUAAAAGAAAAAGAAAUUUUUGGACCAAUUCUUGCUUUUGUUUAUGUCAUAGAAUUUCAAAAGCGUGGAUUGCCACAUGUGCAUUUAAUUAUAUUUUUACGUAAUCCAAUUCGCGAUGCAGAAACUUUACAUAAAAUGAUAUGUGCUGAAAUUCCAGAUGAAACAAAGAAUCCAGAACUUUUUAAGAUUGUAAAGCAAUUUCAAGUUCAUGGGCCUUGUGGAAAAGAAAAUAUGAAUUCACCUUGCAUGGACCCUGAGAAGAAAGUUUGUACAAAAAACUAUCCAAAGCCGUUUUGUUCUGAAACAACUUAUGGUUCUAAGAAUUAUCCGGAACUCAGGCGAAGAAAUGAUGGUUAUAAGGAUGAUAAUGAGGAAAUGAAAUAUGAUGAAAUUGUUAAUUAUUUAAACACACGUUAUGUAUGUCCACCAGAAGCUAUGCACAGAUUAUUCGAAUUCAAUAUGCAUGAACAAUCACAUACAACUUAUAGAUUAGCUGUACAUUUACCAAAUCAGCAAUUAAUAUGUUUUAAAGAAGGAUUAGAAGAAGAAGCAGUUAAUAAAUUUAAAAAUACGACAUUAACAGCAUGGUUCAAAUUAAAUCGAGAAAAUCCUGAAGCACGCAAGUAUUUGUACACAGAAAUACCACAUAAGUAUGUUUUCGUUGAAUCAUCAAAAACUUGGAAAAUAAGGGAACGAAUUACCAAACCUAUAAUUUGCCGCAUGUAUUUUGUAAGUCCGAAAGAUGUUGAAAGAUAUUUUUUGAGAGUCUUACUACUUUAUGUACGUGGUGCUAAAUCAUUUGAAGAUGUAAGAACAUAUGAAGGUAUUACAUACAAUACUUUUGUAGAAGCAGUGCGUGCACGAAAUUUGAUAGUAGAUGAUAGUGAAUGGGAUAAUUGUUUGGCUGAAGCUGUAAGCAUGAAAUUUCCUAAAGAACUUUGUCGUCUAUUUGCAUAUAUAUGUGUGUUUGGAUUGCCUGUGAAUGCAAUUGAUUUAUGGAAUAAGUACAAAGAACACAUGGUUUUUGAUAAUAAUGUACCUGUAGAAGUAGCAACUCAAAAAGCGUUAAUAUUAAUUAAUGAAGUGCUUAAUUUUCAUGGAUUUUCUCUAAAUAAAUUUGGUUUACCAAAUAUUGAUCAAAAAAUUAUCGACGAUUAUAUUUCUGUCGACAAGAAAGCUAAUGAACUAUCAUUAAAAUUGCUCAAAGAAGAAAGUGAAGUACUUAUUAAAAGUUUGAACAAUGAUCAGCGCAAAAUUUUUGAUGAUGUCAUGGCAGCAAUACAUAAUGAUGAUUGCAAAAAUAGGUACUUUUUUGUUUCUGCACCUGGUGGUUGUGGUAAAAGUUAUUUAGAAAAUACAAUUAUUGCUACUCUUGAAAGUGAAGAAUUAGUAGUUUUAGCAGUUGCUUGA